CCUCUUCUCUUCCUCCAAAACUCCAAACAGUGCAAUCUCCCCUGACAUUAUUAUUAAUAUAAGUGGGAGUUGUCCUAGUCAUUUAUUGCAAACAUUGUCUUGUUGCUUUGCUUUCCCCUUCUUUAUAAUUCUCUUUGCCCUUCCUUUUUUCUCCUCAUCACCCCCUUUUGUCAACUGCAAAUUAAAACAAUCUAGGGUUCCCUCUCUCUCUCUCUCCCUCUCCCUCCCUCCCUCUCCUUCAACAUUCACAUCCAUUAAAACUUCAUCUUUCUUGAUCAGUAGUUCAGUACUGUCUUUGUCUUAGUUUUUUUAAAAAAAAGCCUACACAAGGGGAGAAAAGGCAUAUUCUCUCUCUCUCUCUCUCUCCUGAUAACCUAGUCAUACCAAAGAAAAGAUGUCUUCUUCCUGCUACUCCAAUGCACCAUGUGCUGCCUGCAAGUUCUUGAGGAGAAAAUGCCUGCCAAACUGCGUUUUCGCUCCCUAUUUUCCGCCCGAAGAGCCCCAAAAAUUCGCGAAUGUUCAUAAGAUAUUUGGUGCAAGUAAUGUUAGCAAACUCCUGAAUGAAGUCCUCCCACACCAAAGAGAAGAUGCAGUGAACUCUCUUGCAUAUGAAGCCGAGGCGCGGUUGAAGGAUCCGGUCUACGGGUGUGUCGGAGCCAUUUCUGUGCUCCAAAGACAAGUCAUUAAGCUCCAGAAAGAAUUGGAUGCCACAAAUGCUGAUUUGAUUAGAUAUGCUUCCAAUGAUUUUCAGGCAGGUAAUAAUAAUAAUAAUAAUAAUUUAGAGUAUGGAAGAUCAUCAGGGAAUUAUGGUUAUGGAGGAGGAUCUAGUAGUUUUGAUCAGAAUUCUGGUUUGUAUUAUUCUUCUUCGUCUUCUCAUCAAUGGACUAGUGAUGGUUGGAGAUAGUGAUAUAUAUUCGUUAGCAUCAAGUGUUUGCUAUCGAGGAAUAAAAGUUACAUAUAUCAUGUCAAUGAGAUUGUCCUUAUAUAACUAAUUCAGGAUCAUCUUUGGAUUUUGUAAUGCUAUCUUGACUUUUUUUGAUAAACGAGAAAUCACCCAGUCCAUCCUA